GUUUUAUUUUUCCUUCACCUGAAAAACCCCGUCAAGAACUCCAGAAAAUGCAGAAAAGCAAAGCAAAGAAGAUAAUAUAAUGAGUGUGUGAUACAACAACGCAGUAGUAGAGGGAGCUUCCUCCACCAACUCCUCUCUCUCGCCGCUUAAACAUGAAUCUUCGAAUUGAAAACACAAACACCAUCGAUUUGCUUCAGCUUUCUAAACCUUUCUUCCCUCCUAAAACCCUUUUCUCCCAUUCCUUACCUCAACGCCUUCUUCUCAGAACUAGAUUACGCCGUAAACACUCUUCCAUCACUCUCCGCAACCUCACUGUAACUGCUUCUAAUGCUCCCAAUCCUCUUUCAAACUCAGCAACUCUCACCCAACAAGAGCAACAAGAAGAAGAAGAAGAAGAAGAUGCUGAGUCUGCUCAGCUAUUCGAGAGACUGAAAGAGGCCGAAAGGAAACGGGUGAAUGAAAUGGAAGAGUUUGAGAAGAAGGCAAAUAUGCAGUUAGAGAGGCAGCUUGUGAUGGCUUCUUCAUGGAGCCGAGCUUUGCUGACCUUGCGCGGAAAGCUGAAGGGAACUGAGUGGGAUCCUGAAAACUCACACAGGAUAGACUUCAGCGAGUUUAUGAGACUUCUUGACUCUAAUAAUGUCCAGUUUAUGGAGUACUCCAAUUAUGGCCAAACAAUAUCAGUGAUUCUACCAUACUACAAAAAUGGGAAAACACCAGGGACUGAAGGUAAUCCUAAGGAUAUUGUUUUCCGCCGGCAUGUGGUGGAUCGAAUGCCAAUUGAUUGUUGGAAUGAUGUUUGGAGAAAACUGCAUCAGCAAAUUGUAAAUGUUGAUGUCAUUAAUGUGGAUACAGUACCUUUUGAAGUUUACACAACUGUCGCAACUGCAGUCAUAUGGUCUAUGCGUCUUGCUGUGGCUGUUGGGUUUUACGUGUGGAUUGAUAAUUUGAUGAGACCAAUAUAUUCAAAGUUGAUUCCUUGUGAUUUAGGAUCUCCUACCCAGCAAACUAAGCAGCCACUCAAACGCCAAGCACUUGGAUCGCUGGGCAAAAGUCGGGCUAAAUUUAUAUCUGCAGAAGAAAGAACUGGUGUCACUUUUGAUGAUUUUGCUGGCCAGGAAUAUAUAAAGAGGGAAUUGCAAGAGAUUGUACGAAUUUUAAAGAAUGAUGAGGAGUUUCAAGACAAAGGAAUUUAUUGUCCAAAAGGUGUGCUUCUCCACGGACCUCCAGGAACGGGUAAAACUCUACUGGCUAAAGCCAUCGCUGGGGAAGCAGGGUUGCCUUUUUUUGCGGCAAAUGGCACAGAUUUUGUAGAGAUGUUUGUAGGGGUUGCUGCAUCACGUGUUAAGGAUCUUUUUGCUAGUGCAAGAUCAUUUUCACCUUCUAUCAUAUUUAUUGAUGAGAUAGAUGCUAUUGGUAGCAAGCGUGGAGGACCUGACAUUGGUGGAGUAAGAUUCAGACAACUUUUAUAUUCUUUUUGUCCUCAUAAGUAACUGAAAAUUCAGGUGCUUGUGAUCGGUGCUACAAAUAGAUUAGACAUUCUUGAUCCCGCUUUGUUGAGGAAGGGUCGUUUUGACAAGAUCAUUCGAGUUGGUUUGCCAUCAAAGGAUGGAAGAUUUGCCAUUUUGAAGGUGCAUGCUAGGAAUAAAUUCUUUCGCUCAGAGGAGGAAAAGGAGAUUCUUCUUAGGGAAAUUGCAGAGCUUACAGAAGAUUUUACUGGAGCAGAGCUACAAAAUAUACUGAAUGAAGCUGGAAUUUUGACAGCCAGGAAGGAUUUGGAUUACAUUGGGCGAGAUGAGCUACUUGAGGCAUUAAAGAGGCAAAAAGGAACUUUUGAAACAGGGCAAGAGGAUAGUGCUGAAAUUCCUGAAGAAUUGAAGCUUAGACUGGCAUACAGAGAAGCGGCAGUUGCUAUUCUUGCAUGUUAUUAUCCUGAACCACACCGCCCUUUUGAUGAGACUAAUAUAAACUCAAUCCAGAGCCGGCCAAAUAUGAGUUAUUCUGAGACUGCUGGCCAAGUUUUUGCGAGGAAGUCAGAUUAUGUAAAUUCUAUUAUCCGUGCAUGUGCUCCAAGAAUAAUUGAGGAGGAGAUGUUUGGAAUUGACAACUUAUGUUGGAUCUCUGCAAAGUCAACGUUAGAAGCUUCAAGGCGUGCUGAGUUUUUAAUUUUACAGACAGGAAUGACAGCAUUUGGGAAAGCAUACUUCAAAAACGAAAGUGAUCUUGUACCUAAUCUUGCAAUGAAGCUUGAAGCGCUCCGAGAUGAGUAUAUGCGUUAUGCUACAGAAAGGUGUUCAUCCGUGCUCAGAGAAUACCAGGAAGCAGUUGAGACAAUCACAGAUGUUUUGCUUGAAAAGGGGCAAAUCAAAGCUGAGGAGAUAUGGGACAUUUAUAAGAGUGCUCCUCGUCGAACUCAGCCUCCUGUGAGUCCAGUUGAUGAAUAUGGAGCACUGAUUUAUGCUGGACGAUGGGGAAUCCAUGGGAUCAGCCUUCCGGGAAGAGUUACAUUCGCACCUGGCAAUGCCGGGUUUGCGACCUUUGGAGCUCCUCGCCCAACCGAGACACAAAUUGUGAGCGACGAAACUUGGAAGCUAGUAGAUGGUAUAUGGGACAAAAAGAUUCAAGAUAUUAGAGAUGAAUCUACAAGGGUGAUCGAAGAAGAGAAAGAAAGGCCACAACUUUUGAUGGCAAGCCAUUUCCUUUGACAACCGGUACUACAGAAACACAUUGUAAUUUAUGAUGUCAAAGAGAUACCUUAUUAUUAAGGCAGUUGUAAAUUUAUGAGUUGAUAUCCAAUUUUGCUGUAGUUUUAUCCAUGUACUCUAUAAUAAAUUAGAGAAGAUUUUUGCACUGUUCAUUGAUUGUAGCAUUUGGCCUAGGUUUAGGUUCAUAAGUUUUUGAUUUUCCAAUGUAAUCAGAUAUAGACUUUGAUUAUUAGUCAAUGAUUUUUUUGUUCAACACACAAG